CCGAUGAGUUGUCAGACGCUAAACAAGAGACUAAAACUUGCCGUUGGGAAGCUGUUGUGACAUUACUCGUGUGUACCUGUGUUGUUUCUCAGAGUCAGCCAUGGGCUCAAUGACAACCGCAACAGUAUUGACACAGCUCCAUUGCAGCUGAAGUCAACGUUGGCAUCUGUGGAGUGAUCUGAGAGAUAAGUACAUUUCUUCCUAGUGUAACAUAGACACACGUUUAGCCUUGGACAUCGUGGACGUAUUAAGGUGUAAAUUAGCAUUGGAUACAUACAAAAGAGCAACACCCCGAGGCACUUUGAACUAACCAGAUAUUGUGUGAAACUUGGUCCAAAAUGUACCAACAAAUUCAAAGACUACGGACACAUGUGUGAACUUACGAUGCAUGCAUGUUUCCUGUUGUGUGUAGUGCUAGGGCAUGGCGUGUGGGGGGUGGGGAAUGUGACGGAGUACAAAGUGGGGGUGAUGCUGAUCUCGGGGAGCGAUGUCCCUUACAGCUUCGAGAGGACAGGCCCCGCCAUCAAGCUGGCGUUUCAGAAGGUGAACAGGGAGAUUCUCAACUCCAGCUACCAGCUGGUCCCUGUGGAAAGACCCUACGAUGACAUCUGCAGCGCUCGGAACGCAACAGGCGUGGCGGCUGAUCUGUUUUACAAGGAAAAUAUCAUUGCUCUGAUUGGUCCGGCUUGUGCAUAUGCUUUGGAUGGCGUCGCGCGAUUGGCUGGCUUCUGGAACAUCCCCAUAAUAACAGGGUUAGGAGAUGGAGGAAUGUUCAAGAACAAGACCGACUACCCAACACUUACCCGCUUUGCUUACUGCCAGUGUCGCCUGAGGAAGGUGUUUGGGAGUGUAUUCAAGCAGUUCAGUUGGUCGAAAAUCGUCGUUAUCUACGAUGUCAAUGAUGCCCACUCCGACAUCCUCGGGCAGACGCUGAAGAACGGGUUACAGAAGGGGAAUAUCUACCCCUAUAUGAUACAAUACUAUGGAGACGAAAAUCCUGAUUUUGAGACUAUCCUCAAGACAGCGGCGGAUAAUGCACGUGUUGUGGUGUUGAUUGUUCCCGGCGAUUCUCUGCGAAAGUUUCUGCUCACUGCGCAUGACAUGGGCUACACAACCAAUGGUGAGUUCGUUUUUAUGGACGUUGAGCUAUUUCCGUUUCCUGGGAACUACUGGGGCAACCAUGAUUGGCGGAGAGACGACUCACGUGACCCGGAAGCUAAGGCAGCCUUUGAAUCCCUUCUUCGGAUCUCUUUACGAGAACCAACGAGCGAAGCAUGGAAGAACUUCACCUGUGAUGUCAUCAGAAUCGCCAGCGACGACUUCAACUUCACAUACGGAGAGGAAAAGGUGAACUACUUUGUGGGUGCGUUUCACGACGGGGUGGUGAGGUACGGGAUGGCCUUGAAUGAAACACUGGCUAAAGGGAGGAGCGUCAGAGACGGCUACACCAUCGCCCGCGCCAUGUGGAAUGAAACUGUCCUAGGUGUGACUGGAGACGUCAUCAUUGACGACAACGGCGACCGGGACACCGAUUUCUCCAUUCUUGAUCUCAACCCCCAGAACGGCGAGUUCCAGGUUGUUGCCAUUUAUUGGGGAGACAGGCCUGGAUACACCCCCGUAGAAUAUAUGAACAUCCACUGGCCUGGGACGAGUGGAUUGCCCCCGCCGAACGUCCCCCGGUGCGGCUUCAAGGGGGACGCACCUGUCUGUGCUGCCCCAGAUAGCGUGCCCAUCUACGUCGUUGUAGUAUUGGUGCUGUUUGGCGUAAUCAUCGUCGGCCUCAUCGGCACCUUCUUCAUCUACAGACGGGUGCGAUGGGAACGUGAUCUGAAGGACAUGUCAUGGCGCGUCAGCCUCAGCGACAUCAUAUUCCGCAGCAAGGCCAACGACAGCCAGCGUUUCAGCAAGACCUCAAUCGCCUGGUUGGGGGACAACAGCGGCAACAAUAGUGACGACGUGGGUGAGCAGUGCUUCGCCAAGAUUGGAGUAUAUAAGGGCGAAACUGUUGCUGUGAAGAAAGUUGAGUGUGACAAGAUUGACCUCACCAGGAACGUGUUGAUGGAGUUCAAGCAGGUGCGAGAUUUGCAACACGAGAACUUGACGAGAUUUGUGGGAGCAGUUAUUGAGCCCAGCAAAAACUACCUCCUGACGGAGUACUGUAACAAAGGCAGCCUGCAGGACGUACUGCAGAACGACAAUAUCAAGCUGGACUGGACCUUCAGGCUCUCUCUACUCAGAGAUAUUGCCAGGGGUAUGGCGUACUUGCAUAAAUCUGAAGUCCGUUGCCAUGGCAGCCUCAGGUCGUCGAACUGCGUGGUGGACGGCAAGUUCUCCCUCAAGGUCACCGACUUCGGCCUACACAGUCUCCGGGCGAACAAGAGCGGAGAGCUCGAGGGCAACACACACGCCAAGUUUGAGAAGAUGCUGUGGGUGGCGCCCGAGCACCUGAUGGACGAGGGGGGAACCCAAAAGGGGGACGUCUACAGUUUUGGCAUCAUCCUGGAGGAGAUGAUUGUUCGGUCUGCCCCCUAUGACACGUACAGAGGAAUUAUGGAUCCGCAAGAUAUAGUGGAGCGCGUCGCGAGCCACGAUAACCCACCUUUCCGUCCCAAAGUGAACCAGGCGUUUGGUCCCAAGGGGGUUCAUGAACUUAUGCAUCACUGUUGGGUGGAGAACCCAGAGGACAGACCCAACUUCGACGCAAUAGCCAAAACACUCCGAACUCUACAAGGGUCCAAGACUGACAACAUCGUCGAGGCGUUGAUCCACCGCCUCGAGGACUACGCCUCCAAUCUGGAGGACAUCGUGGAGGAGAGGACCCAGCAACUCAUCGCCGAGAAGAAGAAGUCGGAAGCACUCCUCUACCAGAUCCUUCCAAGGUCGGUUGCUGAGCAACUCAAGCAAGGGAAGUCUGUUGUCCCAGAGACGUAUGAGAGCGUCAGCAUCUUCUUCAGUGAUGUUGUUGGCUUCACGUCCAUGUGCUCAGAGAGUACUCCAAUGGAGGUUGUGACCUUCCUGAGUGACCUCUACUCCUUGUUUGACAGCGUCAUUGACAACUUCGACGUCUACAAGGUGGAAACAAUCGGCGAUGCCUACAUGGUUGUGUCAGGGGUCCCGAUCCGGAACGGCCAACGUCAUGCUGUGGAGAUCUGUAGGCUGGCACUGGCGCUGUUGUCGGGGGUAGAGACCUUCGUUUUCAGACACAGACCUCAGGACAAACUGAACGUCAGGAUCGGGAUACACACAGGUCCCUGUGCUGCUGGUGUAGUGGGGCUGAAGAUGCCGCGAUACUGUCUGUUUGGAGACACAGUCAACACAGCAUCUAGGAUGGAGUCCACGGGUGAAGCUCUGAGGAUCCACCUCAGUGGUACAACGAAGGCUAUUCUGGACAAAGUCGGCCAAUUUGAUACACCCCUUAGAGGCCAGGUUCCUAUGAAGGGUAAGGGAUUACAGACAACAUAUUGGCUAGUUGGCGAGAAACAUGUGACAAAAGAUGUAGAAAAGGAACAGAAGGUUCAGCAGAAGCAGCAGCAGCAAGUUUUACAUCAGCAAGAAGAAGAAGAAGAAGAAGAAGAACAACAACAACAUCAACAACAACAACAUGUUGAGCAUCACCAUCCGGAAAGGGCCGAGGACCAGAUGACAGAGAACGAGGAAAUAGUCAACAGUCCACAAAGAAGUGUUAAGCUGGACGGAUGGGCGGAACAGACCGAAUCAGACGAUAGUGGGGUGACCAUUGGGCCUGAGUUAGACAGAGAUCCAUGGGGUACAGCUGACCCUCAGGUCUGGAACCACGCUGACCUGUCACCAGGGAGAGCUAAAGUUGUACGUAUCCAAGUCCAGCAGCAUGGUGCGUUGAAGCCAGAGAAGAGGAUCGUGUUCCAGGAACCGCACCUUGAUGAGGUGAUAGGACGACGGGGUAACGAUCAACGUCAUGACUGAAGAACUGUGAAUAUUGGCGAAGGCGGACAGUGCACGACAGGGAAAGUGAUGUCGUGUUUGCAUAUUAGAAUUUGGUAUGGAAUGUGAGGAGAAGUGCACAGGAAGGACAUUUGUGUUAUUUAGGAGAUAAACAUUAUGUGGUUUCAGAUUUGCAGCUGAUGUUGAGUAUCCAUGUCAGCGGGCCUGACCACCCAAUCCCGUUAGUCGCCUCUUACGACAGGCAUAGUCGCCUUUCACGGCAAGCAUGGGUUGCUGAAGACCUAUUCUACUCCGGGUCGUAUUUCAUGUUAAUCACGUUACACUUGGAUCAUAUUGCACCUUUGUUAUACAUGUGUCAUACCAUAUUGAAUCAAGUUAUAUCCAUUUACUAACACUAUAUUGGCUUAGUUAUAUAUUUUCUUGCACUUUAUGUGCUUAGUUGUAUUUGUUUUAUAACACAUGCUCGGUUAUAUGUUUUAUAACAUAUUAUUAUUGGUUGUAUAUAUGUUAGUUCUAAUUCAGCUUGUAACCAGUUAAAUAUAUUUAAUAACACAUUGUGUUCUGUAAUAUGUUUACAGACAUUACGUUUAGUUUUAAGUAUUUAGUAACAUAUUGUGUUCCGUUAUAUGUUUUACAGUACAUUACCUUCAGUUAUAAGCGCUUACUAACAUAUUGUGUUCCGUUAUGUUACAGUGCAUUACGUUCAGUUAUAAGUAUUUAGUAACAUAUUGUGUUCCGUUAUAUGUUUUACAGUACAUUACCUUCGGUUAUAAGCGCUUACUAACAUAUUGUGUUCCGUUAUGUUACAGUGCAUUACGUUCAGUUAUAAGUAUUUAGUAACAUAUUGUGUUCCGUUAUAUGUUUUACAGAACAUUACCUUCAGUUAUAAGCGCUUACUAACAUAUUGUGUUCCGUUAUGUUACAGUACAUUACGUUCAGUUAUAAGUAUUUAAUAACAAAUUAUGUUCCGUUAUGUUUUACAGUACAUUACGUUCAGUUAUAAGUAUUUAAUAAAACAUAGUGUUCGGUAGUGUGUUUACAGUUCAUUACGUUCAGUUAUAAGUAUUUAAUAACACAUAGUUUUCUGUAGUGUGUUUACAGUUCAUUACGUUCAGUUAUAAGUAUUUAAUAACACAUUGUGUUCGGCAGUGUGUUUACAGUUCAUUACGUCCAGUUAUAAGUAUAUAAUAACACAUUGUGUUCGGCAGUGUGUUUACAGUUCAUUACGCUUUGGUUUAAGUAUUAAGUAUACAUGCUCAGUUAUAUGUACUUUAAAAAUAAAAUGUA